UGUGGGCCACAACACACAGUCUGGAAGCCUGUGAGGAGAUCAAUGGAUCAGAGCUCACCCUCCGAGGCCCCUGGCACGAGUUGGGAGAUGGAAGGUAGUAGCUUCAACAACAGGUCCAACUGUCCAGGUGACAAUGCCCUCAGGGAACUGGGCCCUCACACAUCAAUCGCCAAUCAAGAAAAUUCCCCAGAGACUUACUUACAGGCAAUACAGAGGAUGUCCACAGAAGACGAGGACACAGAGACGAUUCCCUUAGAACCUAUAUUCCUGUGCUUCAAAAAAAAUAAAGUGAUGAUUUCAAAUGCAAUAAAAAAGCCAUUUCCUUUUCUUGAGGUACUUCGUGACAACAAUCUCAUCACUGAAAAAAUGUACACAGAUUUUAAAGAUUCCUGUACAAACCUGGUUCCUGUACAAAACGUGGUCUACAGAGCACUAGAAGAACUGGAGAAGAAAUUUGACCCGAAUGUUCUAUGGGUAUUGUUCAGUCCUGAAAAUCUGAGUAAAUACCCUGAUUUGGAACCCAUUUCCAAAGACUUUGAAAAUGCCUUAGCACAGAACCAAUUGUGUUUUGAAGAAAAUGAUAGAGGGGACCCAAACUUGCAGCUCAGUCUUGAACAAGGACCUGCUCAAGAAAGCCUGAUCUGGUCACCCUCAGGUCCCUCCUCAUCUGAUGGUCCAAGACAUCCCAUAUUGAACAUUGAGGUUUUUAGACGUCCUGAGCUUCCGGUGACCUGUGGUACUGCUAAGGGGACUCUGUAUGUGGAGAAAUUUGUGCAAGGCAUCUAUGAGAAGAGUAUCCAGACUGAGAAUGGAGAGUGGCUCACUCUCAGGGAGUUUGAAAUCAGAGGAAACCGUGAAAGAUCCAAGAACUGGAGGCAAAGCAUACAUUGUGAAGGAUGGAACCUGGGAUGCUUAAUAAAGGGAAAAAUUCUACCAGACUCACCUAGGACAAAGGGACAGAGGGAAAACCGAAGAAGCCCAGAACUUCCUGCUCUCAGCUGUGGGCCACAACUCAGGGUCUGGAAGCCUGUGAGGAGACCAAGGAUCAGAGCUCACCCUCCCGUGACCCUGGCAGGAGUUGAGAGACAGAAGGUGGCAGCUUCAGCAACAGAGGUCCUCCGUGACAACAAUGUCAUCAGCAAUAAACAGUAUGAAGAUUUUCAAGAAUCCCAUGGAAACCUGAUCCCUUUACGAAAAGUGGUCUACAGAGUCUUGGAAGAACUGGAAAAGAAACAUGACCUGAAGGCUCUAGGGUUAUUGUUCUGUAAGCAAAAUAUGGAGGCAUACCCUGAUUUGGAACACAUUUUUGAAAGAUUUAAAAAUGUCUUACCACAGAACCAAUUGUGGUCCGAAGAAAUCGAUAGAAGGUAUCCGAACUCACAGCUCAGUGUUGAACAAGGACCCGGUGACAGCUGCUCUCAAGAAAGCCUGACCUGGUCACCCUCAGGUCCCUCCUCAUCUGAUGGCUGGAGAAGUACCCAGGGAACCCAAACUGAGAAUUGCCAAUUCUCCAACCCUCAGAUUCCCAGUGUUGUAAGUUUAUCUGAAAAUGGACUCUCAGAAGACCUCUAUGAAAUAGUAGACGUGAAAGAAGAUACCACCGGCGACAACAUUGAUGGACUGCAAAGGCCCCAAGCAGCCAGACCGCCAGGCCCAGGUUCUGAGCCAGAGGAGUCCUGUGAACUAAAAGUCCAACUGAGUGACAGAGAUGCAGGCCUGGAGCCUCACAUCCCACUGCCCUGCAGCAACGAAAGAAAAGCGAUACCCAGCCUUGGGAUCCACACUAGCCCCUCUUCUGUGCCUAUGGAAAAUAUAAAGCAAGAAAAUUCUUCAUAUUUUUUGGAGGAUGAACAACAGACCCAUGCAAGGACCGACCACAAUCAGGCCUCUGAGAUAAUAGACCUUACCAGAGAUAAUUCUGAUGAUGGACCCAGAUGCUCAGAGGAAUCCACCUCAGUCACCUGCCAGUCAACUUACACGAGGAGAUGUAUCAACAGUUCUUCAAGAAGACACAGAAAACGAGGUCCAAGAAUUCUCAAACAAAACAAUGUGGAUUUUAACCUUCCUGAGCUUCCAGUGACCUGUGGUACUGCUAAGGGGACUCUGUAUAAGGAGAAAUUUAAGAAAGGCAUCAAUGAGAAGAGUAUACGGAGUGAGACUGGGCGUUGGUUGACUCCCAAGGAGUUUGAAAUCAAAGGAGGUCGCCAAGACUCCAAGAACUGGAGGCAAAGCCUGCGUUGCUGUGGAUGGACCCUGGGAGAGUUGAUAAAGAAAGAAUUGCUACCGAACCCACCAAAGAAAAAGAGAAAGCUGGAAAAUUCAAGACAUUGUAUGGUGUGUGGCGGACGACGGAAAUUGUGCUCUUGUGUUAGUUGUGGAAGAUUCUAUCAUAAGAAUUGCCACAUCCCACCUGUGGAAGACAAGAGUGGCCCAUGGAGUUGUAUCAUCUGCAAGAUAAAGGAUCAGGCAAAGUGCCAAGAAAAUCAAGCAUGCCAUAAGGAAUCUGAGGUCCUGAAGAGGAAGAUGUUGCCUGAGGAGCAGCUGAAAUGUGAACUGCUUCUCUUGACUGUCUAUUGCCAUUCAAAAAGUGUCUUUUUUAAACUCAAACCAAAGCAAAGGAAAGAAGACUUUCCAGCCCUCCAGGAACACAUGUGGUUAGACAAAAUCAAGAACAAGCUGAACAAGAAGGCAUACCACUUGGUACAACAUUUUGUUGCGGACAUGCGCCUCAUCUUUCAUAACCACAGCAUAUUUUAUAAAAAUCACAGGUUCAGCAACCUUGGAGUCAAAGUAGAAAGUCUAUUUGAGGAGACUUUCAAAAGAACUUUUUCAAUUCAAGGUACAAGCAAAUAACAUCAAACGUGUAAGCACACCAGUGGUUUUGUUCUCAUAGUCCUUUGUAUUCCGUCCAUCACCCAUCCCUCCAGCCGUCAACUGCACAGUGCUCUGAGAACCCACCCUCCCUUCUGCCCUUCUGUGUAUAUGCCCUGCCAACCUUCUACUUCUGACUUUCUGUAUUGUCCUUCCUGUUUCUGUUUAUUUACCUUCCUAAAUAAAACUUAACGUUUGCAAUGUACAUCACAAUGUUGAGCUGUCAGGUGCUGAGGGAGCCCACUGAGAAGCUGACUCUGGGAGCAGGAUUGAACCCCUCCCCAAUUUUAAACCCAAGUAUGCUGCCCCAAAUGUCUCCAAAGCAUCUUUUCUAAGGAUGACCUGGCCCUUUGAACCAGUGACUGAGUGGAGAUACCAACAAAACAGACUAAAUGUGAAAGCAGUGUCCUUGGGAAGAACUAGAAGGAGAACCAUGACAAGCAGAUAUUACAGUUGUUUAUCCUGUGGUGUAAAAUGGGAAAGAGAAGCCAGAGAGAAAACUCAGCUAGGAACUGUGGUUUCCACAGACAGUUUCUGUUAACUGCUGUGAGCAUCCAAUUUGAUGAUGUUAUCUCUGUGUUGCUGUUUAUUCUUCAACCUGGAAGCCUCACCAAAUGCUAACUCUGGUCUGCCCUGGACUCCACUGGGAACUCCAGACCCCACCCCCACCACCUCUACAGACAUCCCUAGUCAGUUCCCCCUGGAUAUUCCAAGUAGAUGAUGAGCAAUGUUCUGUUGUUUUUCUCUUUACUCUUUUACUUU